UCUACAAAAAAAAAAAAACGACUCUAUUGGGCCCUCCAAAUGUCCAAAUUCACUCCCCCUUUUCCUUUCCAUUCACCCAAGACGGCCAAGACUCAGGACCGCAGCCGUAUAUCCUCCGUUCCCACGUCGUAUUAAAUCGGUCAUCAUCAGACAACCAGACCCUGAGCUCUCGUGUGUACAUCGCAGCAGCAAGUGUUUCACUACACCGGACGCUACUAACAUCAUCAUGCCUGGAGGUGCUAGAAGAUAUAGUCAUAUUUCAUCUAAAAUUAAUACAGGCCUGAAAAAACCGAAGGUCAACUUAAAGGUGGUAAUCAGAGAAGACCCAGUGGCCACACCAGAGGGUCCAAAGACUACGGAGGCAAACGACAUGAAGUUGGUUUCCGAGACGGAGAUCGUUGAUGCCCAGCCUAAGAAUGAAUUAGCAGUUCUCAUCCAGCAGAUUGAGCACAAGCUGAAAGCUCAACCAGGUGAUCUGCCUCAUCUGCCAGUGGCAACACAAGAGGGUCCACAGUCUCUGAAGGCAAACGACAUGAAGUUGGUUUCCGAGACGGAGAUCGUUGAUGCCCAGCCUAAGAAUGAAUUAGCAGUUCUCAUCCAGCAGAUUGAGCACAAGCUGAAAGCUCAACCAGGUGAUCUGCCUCAUCUGCCAGUGGCAACACAAGAGGGUCCACAGUCUCUGAAGGCAAACGACAUGAAGUUGGUUUCCGAGACGACGGAGAUCGUUGAUGCCCAGCCUAAAAAUGGAGUGAUUCUGAUGAAGCAGAUGACACAGAUUAAACAGUUCUUACUUAGGACCAUGCUUCAUCAGCGAUGGACUCGCCUGUUCAUUUGGCCUAUCUCGUCGUUCUUUGAGCACCUGCUGGCCCUGACAGACAAAAAACUUAACAACACAGCCAUUAAAGAGGUCACAGCUACGGAGGAAGGUUCAGGUGUCGAAGAAAAUACGGCAGCCCUGACGAAGAUCAACCAGGAUGGCCAGGAAAGUCGACAAGAAGAGAAAAUUGUGAAAGGGACUGAUUCGCGCAUCUAUUGCAUAUUCUGUGAAUACAAGACCUCAAGCAAACACAAUUUAAUCAGGCACCACAGAAGCAAUCACAAAGAUAAGGCUGAGCCAUUUGUCUGUGGCCUCUCCAUGUAUUGCCAUCUAUCGUUCAGAACUGAAAAAGAACGAUUUGAACACAUGGAAUCCACUGACCAUGCUGACCUGACAGACGAUUUCAAGGAAUUCACCAAAACCAAAUGUACAGACUGCAGAAGUAAGCCUUAUCACAAAUUUUACAGGGAGCAUAUCAUGAAUAACCAUGCAAUGUAAUAGUUACCCACUCGCUUUCUGAACAUGUUGGGACAUUUUGUAAGGGUUUUUAGCGCUCUCCAGACUGAUAUUAUGUUAAGGUUAAUUUUUUUAUUUCUGUGAUGCACUGUGAUGGAGAACGAAGUAAUUUAAAAUAGUUUAUAAUCUAUCAGAGCUGUGCUAAAGAAUUUAUCAAAUGUAUGUCAAAUCUAUUUUAAUAUUUGGAUAAAAAGAAAUAAAUAAUAAUAAUUUUACUCAAAAAUAAAAAGUUUUAUUUU